GUGUUUUUGUUUGUUUGCUUGUGGGUAGGGGUUUUUGUUUGUUUGGUUUGGGGUUUUGUUUUGUUUUUCCUAAUCAUCAUUAGAAAAAAAAUCACCUAAUCAAGCAUUAGAACAGACUGCCUUGGGAAGUGUGGGAAUUCUCAUCCCUGGAUGUGUUCAAAAGGCAUGUGGAUUUAGAACUUGAGGAUCUAGGAUGGUUUAUUGAUGAGCACAGCUCUGCUGCAUUAACAGUUGGACUCAGUGAUCUUAGAGAUCUUUUCCAACAUUAGUUCUGUGACUACAUUUCUUCUAGAUUUUAUCCAUCUCUCCAGCCAUAUUCUUGAAAGGUGUUUGCUUCUCCAACCUCUGUGAGGCUUUUAUAUUUGUUCACUUUUUCUCUUGUUUUCUGUGAUUGCUUUUUUAGUAAUUCCAUCUUUCUCCACAGGUCUCCUUUCCCUUCUCCUUCCUAUUGCAUAGUCCAUCUUUUCCUGUUAGAUCCACUUCUCUUCUCCUAAAUUUCACUCACAAAUUCUUUUGUUUCUUCAUUCUACCACUCCAAACAUGUCAGCACAUUCUUCCCUACACAUCAGCAAAUACCUGGGGAACUUUGGGCAAGAAAUCUUUUUUUUUUUUUUUCAUAUCAGUGUCAUUUUGCAGGUAAAAAGAACAAAAUAUUUCUCAUUCUUAUAGACCUGCCUUCUCUCCUUCUUGCUUUGGCUGCCAAAUAUAAUGCUAUUUCUGUUUUCAGGUUCCAUAUUCAAAGAACUCACCUGCAUUAUAUCCAGAAACUUUCCAAAUAGCAAUGGCCAGACUGUUGCAAGAUCCAUCUAAACUUCAUCCCUCAGAAUGGCACACUGCAAACAGAAUGCAGCGUGCCAGCACAGAGUCCCAGAAAUCCAGGUCAGAAUGCAUGAUAGCUGAGAGUUGGAGGCUGGUGGACGAAAUAGAAAAGACAACUCAAAAAACCCAAAUCGAUGUCAACAAGAAAUUAGAACAGAGACGGGAAGAGAUAAAAUUCUGGAAGCAAGAGUUAGAUAACAAGCUAGACCAAAUUGUUCAUGAGACAGAGAUACUGUUGACUUUCAAGAAUAGGCUGGAGAGAGCUUUGGAGGGCUGCAAAGAGCCCCUUGUCAUUGCCCAAAAGUGUCUCCUGUACAGGCAGAAGCGAGUUGGGAUUGACUUGGUGCAUGAUGAAGUGGAACAGGAACUGCUGAAGGAAGCAGAAGUCAUCCAGGGGGUUAUUGCUUUACUUGGACGUACAUUGGAACAAACAAACGAGCAAAUCAGACGAAACCGUUCAGCAAAAUACAACCUGGAUAUGGAUCUGAAGGACAAAUUCACAGCUUUGACAAUUGAUGAUUACUGUGCUAGCUUGACAAACGACACUCCUCAUAUUAUAUAUGCUGAUAAUGCAAUGAAACUAGAAGGAAAUUUUGUUAGCCCUGAGGACUGGAUAGAUUUCUCAAACAUAAAUGUUGAAAAGGCUGACAAGCAGCGAAACAAUUCUUUGGCACUGAAGGCACUUAUCAAUAGCAUCCUCUCACAGACAGCAAAUGACAUGCGCAAGCAAUGUGAGAUGGUGAAUAAUGCUUUUAGAAAUAGGGUGAAGGAAGUCAAGGAUGCCAAGCACAAGCUAGAGACACUUCUUGCAAUGGUGAUGGAUGAGACUGCCUCACAGGAGAAGAACAUUGCAGCCUUAAAGAAAGCAAUCACUGAUAAGGAAGGACCUGUAAAAGUGGCUCAAACCCGCUUGGAAGCGAGGAACCAUCGCCCCAAUGUGGAACUGUGCUACGACACAGUGCACAGCAGCCUGAUGAGUGAAGUUCAAGAGAUUACCAAAAAUAUUCAAAGAUUAAAGGAUGCAUUGGCACAGGCUGAGAUAGAGUUGAAAGGCCUGAGCCGCCGACAGCUUUCCUUGGAGGAAGAGAUCAAGGUCAAGGAGAACACACUGUACAUUGAUGAAGUGCUGUGCAUGCAAAUGAGAGAGUCUCUUUGCAUAAACAAUUACUGAAGUCAUUAUACUGGGAGACUGUGCUCCAAAGAACCAGCUCCUGCUGAAAUUUUAUUGACAAACUUCCAAAUUUAUUGGCUUGGCUCAAUGCUGUCUAGUUGUGCAAGGUAAUUAAAAGAGACCUAGUAGCUAUUUGUUUCAGAACUAUCUGUGCUCUAAAAUGUUUGAUGAAAUCUUCUGCUUGGCAAUAAAAUUCCAGAAUAAUGAGAAAUGCCCCUUCUUCCAUGUUUAUCUCACGUGUAACCAGUGAUAUCUUUUCCUAUUGAAAGGUGUCAAAAAGCAACUGUGUGGAAGCCAGAGCAGGGGUGUCCACAUAAAUCACUUAUUGGAAAGCUGGGCAAGUGGGAGGGAUGUCUCUCAGGACUGGCCAUGCGAUGUUUGGUUUUUAUCUUAGCAUCUGUUGCUAAGAACUAGACAGUAUGCCCAACUUAACAGUACCUAACUUAUAUAACUAAUAAACUAGAUAGUGUAUCUGUCUGCAUCUGAAUUAAGAUCAAGUCAAGGCUGACUUUGGGAAAAUCACUUGUUCACCCCAUGUCUGUUUCCCUAUUCAUAAAAUGGAAACAAUGAGAUGGGCUUCAGUGGUAAAGUGUCUGAAGCUCUACCAUGAGAAGUGCUGAAAAAAGAGGAGGGUCUUAUUUUUAUCAGAGUUACCUGUAAGGAUGGAAAAGAGAUCACUACUUCCUUUGGUUCUGGCAAAGAAAAAGCAAGGACAAGAAUAAAUAAUGCUGCAGACAACGAGUCCAGUUCCCAAGUCCAACAUUUUAAUGCAUGGAGUUUAAAAUUGUCCCUUGCCUCCCUCUUGCUGGAAUGAUAACUCCCUUUUGCAGGCACUGCUGUCAAAAUUCAAAUCCCUUACUAAAGCCCUCCAAA